GUGUUAGAGAAAGAGCCUGCCAGCUUUCGGAGAGGAAGGCCAAAUGACAUAGGAUGAAGGCUGUUCGUAAUUUGCUGAUUUAUAUAUUUUCCACCUAUCUCCUGGUUAUGUUUGGAUUUAAUGCUGCCCAAGACUUCUGGUGUUCCACGCUGGUGAAGGGGGUCAUUUAUGGAUCGUAUUCUGUAAGUGAAAUGUUUCCUAAAAACUUUACAAACUGCACUUGGACGCUGGAAAAUCCAGAUCCGACCAAAUAUAGUAUUUACCUGAAAUUUUCCAAAAAGGACUUCAGCUGCUCCAACUUUUCCCUCUUGGCUUAUCAGUUUGAUCAUUUUUCCCAUGAGAAAAUAAAGGAUCUUUUAAAGAAUAACCACUCUAUAAUGCAGCUCUGCAAUUCCAAGAAUGCUUUUGUAUUUCUGCAAUAUGAUAAGAAUUUUAUCCAGAUACGUCGGGUCUACCCCAUCGAUUUCCCAGGAUUACACAAAAAGGAAGAAGACCAAAAAUCCUUCUUUGAGUUUUUGGUGUUGAACAAGGUGAGCCCGAGCCAGUUCGGUUGCCAUGUGCUAUGUACUUGGUUGGAGAGCUGCUUGAAAUCCGAGAACGGGAGAACAGAGUCCUGUGGGAUCAUGUAUACAAAAUGUACCUGCCCGCAGCAUUUGGGAGAAUGGGGAAUAGACGACCAGUCCCUGGUGUUGCUCAAUAACGUGGUGCUGCCCCUCAACGAGCAGACGGAGGGAUGUCUCACCCAGGAGCUGCAAACCACCCAGGUCUGCAACCUUACCAGAGAAGCUAAGCGGCCACCAAAAGAAGGUAGGUGCUGCCCGGGGAGGCUAAAGCUCCCGUCGUUGCCUGGUCCUGGCUCGCCUCGAUACUCGCAUUAA